AUGUUUGCAUCGAAGCGACUGGGCAAGGAGCUCAUCAAGAUGAAAGGCCAUCUACCCCCCGGAAUCACAAUCGUCCAGUCAGAGAACUUUGAAGAAUGGCUUAUGGAUAUUCGCGUUCUCGAUUCCAAUCCACUAUACCAAGAUCAGACAUUCCGGCUCAAGUUCAGCUUCAACUCGAAAUACCCUAUUGAACCCCCAGAAGUCAUAUUUAUUGAGCUUCCUUCCACCUCCGAGACCCCCCGUCCCAUCCCGAUUCAUCCACAUGUCUACUCCAACGGAAUUAUAUGUCUCGACCUCCUCUCGUCAGCGGGCUGGUCACCCGUGCAAACGGUUGAGAGCGUUUGCAUGAGCAUACAAAGCAUGUUGACAGCAAACAGCAAGAACGAGCGACCGCCGGGUGACGACGAUUUUGUCGUGAGAAACCGACGAAGACCGAGGGAUAUCAAUUUCGUCUACGAAGAUGAUAAUGUAUAG